CACAAACGUCGGACGGCUUUCGAACUAGUUGUACGCAGAAUUUGGAACCUAUUCGGUUGUUUAUCUUUGGAUCCGUGCCCGAACGUCGUAUUGUUUAAUUUCGGAUUCGGCAAUUAACAGAGAAAUUGCUUUUUAUGCAAAUUAGUGAUACGAAACAACCAAAAUAAUAACCAACAUAUGUCAAAUCGAAAAGGUCGCCUUUUCCCAUUGACCUUCAACUUGUCAAUUCAGACGGAUGUCACUUUUCCCAAACCGAAGCAAACAUUCAGACAGACUUUUAGCCCAUAAGUUAAUUAAAAUAGAUAUUAGAGAACGAACACAAAAAAGGUGUUAGUUUGGGUUCGUUACGUAUACGCAAUGUGGCAGGAAAAUAAAUAUGGAAAUUAAACAUCGUAUGUUAUGUGUGCGCCAAAAGUAAAUUGAUAUCCAAAGUGUUUGAAACACAAUUGCUAAAUUUGUGUGUCUACCUUCCAUAUAUACACCCGCCUUCACCCACACACAUUCGUUAGCCACGUGAAAUAUUCCUAAAAAGGUUCAUAAAAUUCCAAUAAACUAAACAAAUGUGAAACGAAAAUUGAUAUAAACCAUUUAAUGGAGGAAAAGUCAAUGAUUGUUUACUAAAUAUCAUCACAAAGUGAAAACAUUUUAUUAAAAAAGGAACGGAAGCAAUAAUUAUCAACGGAAUUUAUGGAAAUAACAUGCUACAAUGGAGUUGAUCAAGAAAUACAAACAGGGCAAGCUAACCACCAGCGAUAUACGCAACCUAAAUCACCUUGUAAUAUGCCUAAUGGUCUUCAUAGCAAUAUUCUCCAUUCUAUGGAGCAUUUCGCUGCACAUGAUAUCCGGGGAUCUGUACGAGGGAAUUGUCAGUGCCAAACUCAUCUUCAAAGAGCGCAACUUGGAACAAAUGGAUGAGCACAGCAGGCAGAUCCUUCAUAGGGAUUUUAAAACAGCCACCCAGUAUGCCUAUGGUCAGAAGUAUUCCGUGGUAGAUGUCCAGGAUGUCACUCCCGAAUCGCGUCAGAGCGAGAGCCAAAACACAAAGCCAAUCUUCAAGAUACCCCAUAUCUAUGAUUCUAUCGAGAACCGACCUAAAUUGGAGCGUCUCAUCGCUGAAAAGAAGGAGGAGAAAAUCACGACUACGACGGCUUCGCCACCAAAAAUAACGUUUAAUGCUGAUGCAGAUCGUCAGUUCUUAAGCAUAAUGUCCGUCGAUCCUCAUGCUACAUAUUGGAAUCGUGGAAUUAGUGCUCAGUUUGUCUACGCAUUUCCUCUCAUAUCAGAGAUAGUAGCCAUCAUCUGGACAGCCAUGUGUCUAAUUUUUCAGACCGGCAGCAAAAAGAGUUCAGUUCUGCCAAAACCCUGGCGUAUUGUGGUGCCCUCCAUCAUCAUCUUUUCGGUCAUGAGUUUGGGGAGCGUGAUCUACACUAUCCUAACUAAUGGUCAUCUAAAGAGAUUGUGUGGCCAAUUGAGAGAGAAUCUCACAGAUCCAUCGGCCAUCAGUUGUGGAGACGCCAUUGCGCUUCUACGUCCCGUAGUCCACGACCACAGUGUGUCCCACGAUACUUAUCUGGAGCUCUUCCGCUGCAGUUACGUGAUCGGAAUGGUGUUGUGGGUCGUGGCUCUGCUGGUCAUGGUGCUGCGAUUUGUCUUCGCCGUGGACUUUCAGCUGGUGGACAUCGAUGAGAUGUUCGAUAAUGGCCGGUUUGGUGUUCCCCAAGCUCAGAUUCAGCCAGUCUAUAGGGAGGUGGUGCAGCAGAGCAGUCCGCAGCACCAGACGCAGGUGCGUCCCAGAUCAGAGGAUGACUAUCAGAGCGCCAGGUCGCGACUCAGCGAUAUUGCAGUGCCACUUCUGGAGGUGCAGAGUCAGUCCCAGAUUCCGCCUUCGAACUUGGCCUAAUCCCACGGCUGGCCAAUGGAUCAGCCAACUCAGGUUUAUUUUUGUACGAUGUGUUACUGUUUAGUGUAUAAGAACUAUUACCUUAACUAACCGUAUCUUAGUUUAAAUUUUUAGCGUUCUCCGAAGUUGGAGAGGGCUUUAUGAACCGAUAUUUAAUUGAUAUUUUUCACUGUCCUAGUUUAGUGAACUCGUGCCUCGAAAUCAAAUGUGCAAAUGUGGCUUAACCAAGGGUUAAAGAACUACUAAGUUAAAAUUUAAAGAGUUGACCUAAUUGAAUUUAUGAAAAAACAUUUGCAUACUCUUCGGCUUAUUAAAAAUAUAUAAAAAACCUUCAGAAUUCAUAUUUUCUGAAGUUUUGAUCCUGCCCAGCUGGUUAAGCGACAUUUUUCAGUCGAUUCCUUCGACUAUAAGCUCUGGUAAUUUUAACCCAAGAGUUUUAUUUAAAAUGCAAUAAUCUAACAAUUCACAAAACCGAUUAAAAUAAAAAUAUUGUGUAUACGAA